AUGUACCAAGCUGUGAAAGCCUGCGCGGAUCCCGUGGUUGUGCACACUCUGAAUUCUAUGGGCAUUAACUUCGAUUGUUCCAACAAGAAUGAGUUGGAAGCGGUGCUUGACAUCGGCGUCUCGCCGGAGCGCAUCUUGUACGCCAGCCCGGUCAAGUGCAGCUCGCACCUGAAGUUCGCAUCGGAACGAGGCGUCACACUCAUGGCUUUCGAUUCGGUCGAAGAACUGGCCAAGAUAAAGGACGAGAACGCCAGAUUGCUGCUGCGUGUGGACGUUGUCGACAAUACCAACGAGGUGUCCACGCUUACGAAAUUUGGGACGUCAGCGCACGAGGUUGAGGGUGUCUUGAACCUAGCGUUUAAAAUGGGCCGGAGAGUUGUUGGAAUCUUGUUUCACGUUAAGUCAGCCCGCCAUGACCCGGACACCUUCACCCUCGCAGUCAAACAUGCGAAGACUGCUUUUGACAUCGGAACUCGGCUGGGAUUCCGGAUGACGGUUCUCAGCAUUGGUGGUGGAUUUUUGGGCGGAACAAGAAUGCAAGAUUCGUUCUUAAAGGUGUGUGAGGCAAUUCGGUCGGCCAUUGACAUCCACUUCCCGCCGUCGGAAGGGCUUGAGAUUAUUGCUGAACCCGGACAGUUUCUUGUUACCUCUGCCUAUUCCCUAGUCGUCAAGGUCCUUCACAAAAGAAAGAGAUCAGCAAAAAUCGGUGGUGUCAUCUCGGACCCCACUGAAAUCUUCAUCAAUGAAAGCAAUACCAACACUAUUUCGAGAUAUACUCUGCCUAGAGUGGGUGCCAAGAUUCAUCCCGUUAACCCCCCCUUUGACCGGCCUCUCGACGUACUCACGACUGUCUGGGGAUCUUCGUGCCAUCCGGGGGACUGCGUCAUCGCCGGGGAACUUCUCUUUGACAUAAGCAUCGGGGAAUGGCUGCUCAUUGACAACAUGGGUGCCUACGCUGUGGCCAGAGCCUCGGGGUUCAACGGCCACGGCUUCCCCCCGGUCAACUACAUCAGCACCUCGGCGAAGCUGUCCUCAGUUCAAGGCAUCCUCGAUUCGACGGUGAUGCGAGGCGGCUACGGCCAGGUUGAGCAAGCGAUCAAGGCCCGCCAGCAGCGAAGGACGGAGGCCGAUGAAAAAAUGUAGCGAAUCAAACAACGAGAGUACAUUUAAAAAUAAGAUACAAUCUCCCACAAUACGAAAGACCCGUUUUCCGAAGCCGUUUACGCAGUGGGACUAAAGACACUUUUUUUCAGAUUCACUUUAUUUUUAGCGAGAAAAAAGAACAAAUGAUCAUUUAUUUUCUGAGCCUAAGCAAUGUGGGCAUUACCAAAAGCGACUACGGACUGAAACUGCCUCACCGAAUGUUCGAGACUGAAUUCCAUAAUGUUGGAGACUACAGUACACCAUGAAAGAAAGAAGUCCGUGCUUUUAUUUUUGGUAUUUCAUUUUUUACUUGAAUCUCGUAAUAAAAAUCCCCAACCGUC